GAAGUUUUAAAAGGCACUUGUUUUCUUUAUCUAGAGCAAUGAAUGACAUAGGGGAUUACAUAGGUUCCAACACUGAAAUAUCCUGGUUACCCAAUCUGGAUGAUUUGAUGAAAGGAUAUGCACGGAAUUUCAGGCCUGGGAUUGGAGGCCCUCCUGUCAAUGUUGCCCUAGCAAUUGAAGUAGCCAGCAUCGACCACAUCUCAGAAGUUAAUAUGGAAUAUACUAUGACAGUAUUUCUGCAUCAGAGCUGGCGAGAUGACCGGCUCUCUUACAAUCACACCAAUGAAACUCUAGGUUUGGACAGUCGAUUUGUGGAUAAGCUCUGGUUACCAGAUACAUUCAUAGUAAAUGCCAAGUCCGCCUGGUUCCAUGAUGUGACAGUGGAAAACAAACUUAUCAGGCUACAACCUGAUGGAGUAAUUUUAUAUAGUAUCAGGAUUACCUCAACUGUAGCCUGUGACAUGGACCUUUCCAAGUAUCCGAUGGAUGAGCAAGAGUGCAUGCUGGAUUUAGAAAGCUAUGGCUACUCUUCAGAGGACAUCGUGUACCAAUGGUCGGAAAACCAGGAGGAGAUCCAUGGGCUGGAUAAAUUGCAGCUUGCUCAAUUCACAAUCACUAAUUACCGAUUCACCACAGAGAUGAUGAACUUCAAAUCCGCUGGUCAGUUUCCCAGGCUCAGUCUCCACUUCCACCUGCGGAGGAAUCGGGGUGUUUACAUCAUCCAGUCUUACGUUCCUUCCAUCUUACUGGUGGCUAUGUCGUGGGUGUCCUUCUGGAUCAGUCAGUCAGCUGUGCCUGCCAGGGUGUCACUAGGUAUAACUACAGUUCUUACCAUGACAACACUGAUGGUCAGUGCUCGGUCUUCACUUCCACGAGCCUCUGCCAUCAAAGCGCUUGAUGUUUAUUUCUGGAUUUGCUACGUCUUUGUCUUUGCUGCUCUGGUGGAAUAUGCAUUUGCACAUUUCAAUGCUGACUACAUGAAAAAGCAAAAGGCCAAAAUGAAGGCCAGCAGACAGAGUGGGGAGGUAAAUGUCAAGAAUGCCAUUGUCUUGUUUUCACUUUCUAUUGCCGGAGUUAACCAGGAACUGGCGAUUUCCAACAGACAGCAUCGUAUUCCCAGAAGAUUUCCUGGAUCAUAUGGCCCAGUGGAAGUUGAAACUGGAGAGACAAAGCAGCACCAAGAAAUGAAGUCUGACAAAAAGGGUGGCAUAAAGUCCCUUUUUAAGCCCAUUGAUGCUGACACUAUUGAUAUUUACGCCAGAGCAGUUUUCCCAGCAGCUUUUGCAGCAGUCAAUGUUAUCUACUGGGUUGCGUAUACAAUGUAAGAAGAAAAAUGUCCUCUGAAGAGGUAAACUGUUGGCCACCUAACUAAAACACUCAGCCAUUACAAAACAUCUGAUGAAACUGUACUGGUCCAUCUUCUGGCAGAGUAUUUGCCUGUGCACUGCAGAUAUUUCUCAAAAGCAGAACAUCUUUUUUGCUUUACUUCUGCAAUCAACUCCAGCUAAAACUGGCAGGGGGCAAACUGGUUACUACCAAUGUGGUUUGAUACAUCUGUUAUUUCUAGACUGUCGAACAGUCCAAUCCUUUUGUUUUCUAUCUCUGAGUGAAACAAUUUCUUACAUGUAUAUAUCCUCAGUGGAGUUCCAAAUCCUAAAUUACAGUUUGGUAUUUUCCCAUUUUAAAGGUCAGCAGAUAAUGAAGGUCUGAUUUUUCUACAGUCAGAUCAUUUCCUUUCUUGCAAGACAGCUAGGUUUCUAUUUGCACAUGGGAGUAAUUUUCUUUAUCAAGCCAUUUAUGUGAUGGUCCUAGAUUAACAAGGAUGGGGAAAGGACAAUCAUUUUUAUAUAUAAAGAUAUUAGGAUUCAAGCAUGUGAGAAGCAGAGCAGGACAGAGGGUUUUACUCAAAUUAUCAUUUGUCAUGGAUAAAGUAUUUUAAAGAUUUUGAUGCUCUUCUUUAGUCACAGCAUGAAAUAAAGUAUAUUGCAUAGUACCCUA